AUGGGACAGUGGGUUUUAAUAUUUGGAGGGGAUGCAAGAUACAAAGGUGACACAGAGAAGAAUAUUCAUAAACUUCAUGUUUUGAAUACUUGUCUGAAACUUGAUGAAAGUUCUUAUAACAAAGGUAUUCCUGUACCGUUGCCACAGCUGCCACCAUCACUGUCAUAUCCAAACGAGAAGGUUGCAGAGGUGCUCAGUAGCCUUCUUGAAGGUGAAGGGUGCUUCUCAAAAAAUGUUCAGUUGCCACAUAAUUAUCACAUUGAUUUUGAAAUCAGAAUGGAUACUAACAGAACCCAAGUAUUUUCAUUUUCUGAUGGAGAUUCAACUUCUACCACAAACAUGCAGAGAGUAGCUGUGCUGUGUGUUCCUAAGUCUGUUUACUGUUUGAAUUCACAACACCCCAGAGGAUUGUUUGCUAUGAAAAUUCGACAUUUGAAUGUAAUGGGUUUCCAUGUGAUCUUGAUCAAUAACUGGGAGCUGAGAAAACUAAAGAUGGAGGAUGCGGUCACCUUCAUGAAGACGAAGAUCUAUUCAAAUGAUGCACUUCCCGCUAGUGGUGCGGCUGUGCAGAGCAUGGAUUAAGGCAGACUUAUUGACGCACACACAGUUGGAAAGAUGACUUUAAUAAAGGCUGUGAUCCAGUCAUCAGUGAAAUAA